AUGUUUGCCAGCAAAUUCGAGCAUAUUGAUGUAGCUAUAGAAGAAUCCAAAGAUUUGAAAACAUACUCUUUGGAUAAACUAUUUGGCUCUCUCGAAGCACAUGAAAAAAGAAUGAGCAGGUUUUAUAACCAACCUAUGAAGCAAGCAUUCAAAACAAAUGCAUCAUCACAGAAAGGAAUUUGGCAGCCUCAACAAGCAACUCAACAAGAAGAGGAGGUUCCUUCAGAAGAAGACAUGGUAAUCAAGGCCGAGGCAGAGGAGGAAGAAACAAUUAUGAGCAAAGAAAUUUCCAGAGAUUGUUGGUAUAAAGACAUGCAAGAAAGGAAUGAAGAUAAUUAUUCUGAAAAGGUUGAAGAUAGUCAAGUAUUUUAUUCAUAUAUGUCUGUUAAACAAGAAUCAAAACAUACAUGGUUUUUGGAUAGUGGAUGCAGUAGUUAUAUGACAGGUGAUCCACAGCUCUUUGUGAAGAUGGAUAAAAAUUUUUUAUCUGAAGUAAAGCUUGGAGAUGGAAAGUCACAUGAAGUCAAAGGAAAAGGAGUAAUAGCAGUAAACUUUAAAGGAGGUAACUCUAAACUCAUCCAUGAUGUGCUUUAUGUUCCUGGCUUAACAUCAAAUCUCUUAAAUGUUGUCCAGUUACUUCGAAAAACAUUAUUCCAUAAUUUUUGA